AUGGGCUCACUAGACGACCUCAUCCGUAGUGGGGAGGCACUGGCAAGUGGGUCAAUCAAAUCAGGCAUGGCCACUGAGGAGAUACUCAGAGGCAUCCUACAGGCCGUCAAUAUCGGCAAGAUCGACUUUGAUGUUGAUGACGAUGAAAAACGGUCGAAAAUGGUUCGGCGAAAAGUAGCCAAAUUGGUCGACAUUCUUAUACGCAUCAGCAGCACUUUGCUGUCCGAGUUGACUGCUGUUGACUGCGAGAUGCUCCUAAGAGAGUACAUUGCUGAAAGCGUUGUCCUUCGUCGCUUGGUGCUGGGCCUCCUCCACGAAUGGAGCCCUCACGCCUCAACGAUGACGCCCUGGCUCCGGACCAUCUCUCACCAUCGAAGCCCUCUGCUCAGUGACUGUCUUGAAGGGCCGAUGGAUGAGCACCUUCUGCAGCUGCUGAAUGUCGUCGUGGAUGUCGUACACUCAAUUGAUGUGGAUGAUCCGCAAGCCCUUUGGUUUAUCGAUUUCGACUUAGCCUGCCGUCUUGUUGAUGCCCUGCCUUCUACUAAGGAGUCGCCUUUAAUGAUCGAAGCAUUGAAGCUGUUGGUUAGGCUAUCGAGAGACGACCAUUCACUAGCACGACUAUUAACUACCCGAGCAGGUUGCAUCGCUCCGCCGUGUGAGAUUAUCGACUUCCGCAAUAGACUCAGUACCGGCCUAACAUCGAUCCUAGCCUCGGAGUUGGCGAACGAGAUGAUCCAAGUGGACAGCCUCCAGUGUGCUCUGACGUUACUGAGCCCAAAUGAUGCCCACCCGUCAGAGGACACAGCCCAUCAUAAGCCAUGCGAAUGGGGAGUUGAACUGCUGUCCUCUUCCAACAAGCCUGAUGUUGUUGCUGCCGCGAGCCAUUGUGUAUUGUCAUUCUUGUGCGCGGACUCUGCCUUGGCGAGUCGCCUGAGCAGCUGUGUAUGCCAGGGUGCUUUAGGGAGCCUCCUUAAGGCAGUAGGUCAGCACCCUUCGACCGUUGAACCGCUCGCUGAGGUAGUCCUAUUGACCGGCCCAAGUCAAGUCCGAUGCCUCCCUAACAUGAUACGUGCUGGCGCUGCCCUGGCUCGUAUGAAUCAUCUUCCGAGGAGCCACAGGAUCCUCCAGAUGGCUGCUGAUUGCUGUAGCCUCCUCAACAGUCCUGUCGAUGCGACGGAGCUGCUCAUUAGUGUUGUUGAUUCAGUCCGCAGCGGUAUUGACAUCGCCUUAGUCAUGCCCUGUCUCGGAGCAGCGAUUGAUCUUCAUCCCUCCCUUCCCCCAGAUGAGGGAAUUAAAGUGGUCCAUACUCUACUCGAGGCCUCGGCUAACGCCCGCUCUGUUAAGGAGGGCGUUGCUCUCUGUGCUAAACUCGUCGAACAGUUGAGCGACAACAACAUUUGUCCGGAGAUCCGAAAACUGUUCAUAAACUCUCCAGAACUACGACUUGCUAUUCUGAGUGUAGACGGUGGUGGCCGACUCGCUAAGUUAGUUCUCACCGGCUCCCUACCUGCCGGGCUAUUGUCAUCGUCCCUGGAAGGCGUAUCUCGCCUUCCUACUGCCACUCACUGGCAGCUGGCUCUGGCCAUGUCCCCACAGCUAGAUAGGAGCGUAGCUGUGUGUCUGCUCGCAUGGCUGUUCUUCGAUGUCUACGAGUGUGGUGGCCAUAUUGAGGCCCUUCUGGCUCCUACUGGUAGUUUCAACAGAUCGGAGAUGGAUUUCAAUGUCGCUCUGUUAUUGGCGAGCCUGCAUGCAUCACUCGAUCAAUCGCCACAGGGAGCCUGUCUUAUUGAGCUAUUGUCAACCGCGAGCUUCUCGUGGGAGGCCGAGGAAUGCACUUUACACAGCACUGAAGUGAUCAUUGACACUAUUGUGUUUUUGGCCGCUGACGUUGACGGCAUUGAUGCUCUGACCUGUCGUAGAUUGAUGGACUUGAAGUCGUCUCUCGGUGUCUGCAUCGAGGAGCUUGCUCAAUUGAGCAGGAAUCAGAACAACUCAUACACGCAAUGA